CCGCAACGUCACUUAUGACACGUAUCCAAAAUGGCGGCCGCGACUAUGGAGACGUGGUGGGCCUUGAUGCUGUUAUAUUUGCUGCCUGUAGUCCAGACCUUCUAUGUUCCUGGAGUUGCUCCUCGGGACUUCCAUGACGGCGAGACAGUAGAUAUUAAGGCAGUGAAGCUGACCAGCUCCCGGACUCAGCUUCCUUACGAAUAUUACUCGCUGCCUUUCUGUAAACCAGAUCCCGUCAUCUACAAGGGAGAGAACCUGGGGGAGGUCUUGCGCGGUGACCGUAUUGUAAACACUCUCUACAAAGUUGAAAUGAACAACAACAAAAAAUGUGAGAUGGUGUGCAGCAGAAAAAAGCUCAGCAUCAAGGAGAGUCAGCUGAUCGCUGAGCGAAUCCAGGAGGAGUAUUAUGUCCACCUCAUUGCAGAUAACCUUCCAGUUGCCACCAGGUUAGAGUUUUACCCCAACAGGGAAGCAGGAGGAGAGGAGGAGCAAAAGAAGGAGGUGGCUAAAGACAUUCAGUUUGAACACGGUUACAGGAUGGGCUUCGUCGACAACAAGAAGUUUUAUCUGCACAACCACCUGUCCUUCAUCCUGUACUUCCACAGGGAGAAGCUGGAGGAGGGGCAGGCCCACAACUACAGGGUGGUACGAUUUGAGGUUGUGCCCCAAAGUGUCAAAGUAGAAGAUCUGAAGGCUGAAGAAACAAAGAUGACCUGCACCCUGCCUGAGGCCAGUGGCUCUGCUCCACAGGAGAUCGAUCCCACGAAAGAGAAUGAAGUCCUCUUCACCUACUCUGUCCACUGGGAGGAAAGCGAAGUGAAGUGGGCUUCUCGCUGGGACACGUACCUGACCAUGAGUGACGUGCAGAUUCACUGGUUCUCCAUAGUCAACUCUGUGGUGGUGGUCUUCUUCCUGUCUGGUAUUCUGAGCAUGAUCAUCAUCCGGACCUUGAGGAAGGAUAUUGCUAACUACAACAGAGAGGAUGACAUUGAGGAUACCAUGGAGGAGUCCGGAUGGAAGAACGUGCACGGAGACGUCUUCAGACCGCCUCAGUACCCCAUGAUCCUCAGUUCUCUGCUGGGCUCAGGGAUCCAGCUCUUCUGCAUGAUCCUCAUCGUCAUCUUUGUUGCCAUGUUGGGCAUGUUGUCCCCAUCCAGCAGAGGAGCUCUGAUGACUACUGCUUGUUUCCUCUUCAUGUUUAUGGGUGUGUUUGGUGGCUACUUUGCUGGCAGACUGUACCGCACACUGAAAGGCCAUCGGUGGAGGAAAGGAGCGUUUUGUACGGCGACUUUGUAUCCUGCAGUAGUUUUUGGGGUCUGCUUCAUUCUGAACUGUUUCAUCUGGGGGGAACACUCCUCUGGGGCGGUUCCUUUCACUACGAUGCUAGCCCUGCUGUGCAUGUGGUUCGGUAUCUCCUUGCCUCUGGUCUACCUGGGAUAUUACUUCGGCUUCCGGAAACAGCCGUAUGAUAACCCGGUGCGCACCAACCAGAUCCCACGGCAGGUUCCAGAGCAGCGCUGGUACAUGAACAAGUUUGUUGGAAUUCUCAUGGCUGGCAUUUUACCAUUUGGUGCCAUGUUCAUCGAGCUCUUCUUCAUUUUCAGUGCCAUCUGGGAGAAUCAGUUUUAUUACCUGUUUGGUUUCCUGUUCCUGGUCUUCAUCAUCCUGGUAGUGUCCUGCUCUCAGAUCAGCAUCGUGAUGGUUUAUUUCCAGCUGUGUGCGGAGGACUACCGCUGGUGGUGGAGAACCUUCCUGGUGUCGGGAGGCUCUGCGUUCUAUGUCCUUGUUUAUGCCAUCUUCUACUUUGUCAACAAGCUGGACAUCGUGGAGUUCAUCCCCUCCCUCCUGUACUUUGGUUACACCACCCUGAUGGUGCUGUCCUUCUGGCUGCUAACGGGCACGAUUGGCUUCUACGCCGCCUACAUGUUCAUCAGGAAAAUCUAUGCUGCCGUCAAGAUCGACUGAGUCAUGGCUGCUGCUGCUGUUCUCUUUGGUUUUUCUUUUUCUUUUUUUUGUUAGUUUUUCUCACUUUUUUUAAUAAGUGUAUUUUUUAUUCUUCGUGUCCAGCAAGCACUGACUUGCAUGCAGAGAAGGAGGGGGUGCAUUUUACAGUGCAACAGCCCCACCUACUGGCCUCCUGGUGGAACUACAGCAAGGCUGCAGCCAUGACACUGCUGUUUCUCUCCGUCAGGACAGAGGGAUUUGUCCUCUCAUGGGACAGUUUGUCUUCUGCCGCCUCAAUCACAGCGGGCCAAAACUCGUCAGAUGAUGGUUUCACCACAUAUUUGGUUUUGGGGGUUUUGUUCUCUUUUUCCAUCCAUGUCCUGAGUCUAACUUAUCCUGGUCUUUUGUUUUAUUUUUUGUUACUGCAGGAUUUCUAUGAAACGUCUUUCCAUCCUGCCAUGAGAAGCUGUUUUCUUCUAAUUUUCUCACAUGAGUGGUGUCUUUCAGCUGAUUCUGUCCUCAGAUUUGACCUGGUUUCAGUUCAGAGACUUUGUUAUGUUGAACUGAUGGAAAUAAUUCUGGGUUUUUACAUUGUGAAACAAGGAAAGGAAAAAUUAAAUGUUCUUUUAUUUUUAUUUCACUUUCCAUGUCCUGGUUUGACCGAGUUCCAGCUAUAAUCAGAAUACUUACUCCUCCUUCCAAACCAAUGGAUCUCUUAUUCUUUUAAAGUGUGAGUCCAUUACUGUAAAAAAUACAGAGUUGAAUAUUUGGACCAAAGGCCCCACAGCAGUGGACGAGUGGGUGCAGGCACCAGACACAUGACCUGAAAGACGAACUCCCCAUCCCAAACACACCUGCUGGUGAGCAGCAGUGAGUUAGCAGGGUUGGCCUGCUGAACUAUGCAGUAAUGAAGAGUUUUAAGGGUUAAAUUGGAGGGAAAUUUCUGUUUAAUCUGUAUGAUAUGGUUUUAUGUAUGAUCAGCUAACUUGAAAAGUGUGCUGCAGCCUGUGGUGGGAAUCUUCAUUUUCUCUGUUUUCUGGAGAGCGAGCAGACAUUUUCUGCUUCGGCCGUUCAUUCGUGCACGCUUUGGAAAUGCGAUGGAGAGAAGCAGCGAGGAAGGAGGACUCGAUGGGAAGUGUUGAUCAGAACCACGCAUCCACAUAAGGAAAGAACACACGCUCCUCCACUGCAGCGUCUCAUCCGACCAUCUGACGCCGUCACUGGCCAGAUGCUGGAGGUCUCUGCAGGAACUCCGCUCUCCUCAACAUGUCGGGGAAAGUUUCAGGAUUGCUGCGCAUGUCUGAAAACAGCUUUUUCCCUGACUUGAGUCCCUGGCUGCAGAGCACCGAUGUGUCGCCCACAUCGUUCUAAGAUCUGUGCAGUCGCGGCGCCGUGUUUGCACGAGUUGCACGUUUCGCCCCACUUUUCAAACUGUGAAAUAAAUUCAGAAACAUGGCUUCUUCAAGGAUCCCGUAGAGUUUUCCAGCUGCUACCUGUCUGUCAUUUUGUGAAACUCGCUAAAGGCAGUAAUGAGUGUGAACCAAACGUAGCUCGGUCCGAUUACAAGCAGCUCCAAGGUGCAGUAAUUAAAUCUAAAAACAGAAAAUGUGUUUUUGAGGUGUUGAAGUCAGGAUUGUUGACCAUGUAAGAUGGUGUUUAUGAUUCAUAUGUUAAACUGUGGAGCUGCUACAAAGUACAAAUGUCCAUGUGGUGCAGACUGCCUAGCUUGUCCCCCGUUAGCAUUCUUUCUGCUAAUGCCACUAACAAGCCUCCCACAGAGGCUUUUUAUAGAAGUCCUUAAAGCUCAGCUCAGAAAACUGUCAUUCCUUCAGCUUUCUGAUGAAAUCAUGUUUGCAUGAUGGAGGCCAGCAGCUGUUCAGAGACGAAGAUGUGCAAUGUGACCAGACAUGUUCUGACAACUUAUCUGCAGCCUUGGACCCGAUAUCAGGGAUAAAUGUUGGCUUUUGUUCCGUUAAAGCUACAGAAUUGUGAGCUAAGUCAUCAGACAUCAACACAGCAAGAAGGAACAUCACAAAAUGUCAAACUAACC